GCGAGACGGCGACGGCGGAGAACCGCGAGCAGCGGCUGCCGGAAAAUGACUUUGGUGUUUGGAGAUCGUUACUAUUGGAAAGCUGGUUAGCAUCUAUUUCCUAAAAGAAACUUGACCACCAUUUGCUCUGGCAUGGCGCAAAGCAGUCCACAGCUUGAUAUUCAGGUUCUCCAUGACCUCCGACAACGUUUCCCUGAGAUUCCAGAGGGAGUCGUAUCUCACUGCAUGUUACAGAAUAACAAUAAUCUUGAAGCCUGUUGCCGAGCCCUUUCCCAGGAGAGUAGCAAAUACUUAUAUAUGGAAUACCAUAGUCCAGAUGACAACAGGAUGAACAGAAAUCGUCUUUUGCAUAUUAAUCUGGGUAUCCAUUCUCCUAGUAGUUUCCACCCAGGCGAUGCAGCACAACUUAAUGGUGGUCGAACACUGGUACAUAGUUCAAGUGAUGGACAUAUUGAUCCACAGCAUGCAGCCGGUAAACAGCUGAUAUGUUUAGUUCAGGAACCACACUCAGCCCCAGCUGUCGUGGCUGCUACUCCCAACUAUAAUCCAUUUUUUAUGAAUGAACAGAGCAGAAGUGCGGCCACCCCUCCUUCACAGCCACCUCAACCAUCUUCCAUGCAAACAGGAAUGAAUCCAUCUGCUAUGCAAGGGCCUUCACCACCACCGCCACCACCUCCUUCAUACAUGCACAUACCUCGGUAUAGUACAAAUCCAAUUACUGUUACUGUAUCCCAGAACCUCCCUUCUGGACAGACUGUACCAAGAGCUUUACAAAUUCUUCCACAAAUUCCAAGCAAUCUCUAUGGGUCUCCUGGUUCUAUUUAUAUUAGACAGACAUCUCAAAGUUCACCAGGAAGACAAACUCAGACUACGCCAUGGCAGUCCUCACCACAGGGGCCAGUGCCUCAUUAUAGCCAGCGUCCUUUACCUGUUUAUCCACAUCAACAGAACUAUCAACCUUCCCAGUAUUCUCCUAAACAACAGCAGAUCCCGCAACCUGCUUAUCAUUCACCACCUCCUUCUCAGUGUCCUUCACCAUUUAGCUCUCCACAGCAUCAAGUGCAGCCUUCCCAGUUGGGCCACCCCAGUUCUCACAUCUUUAUGCCACCUAGUCCGUCAACUACUCCGCCCCAUCCGUAUCAACAAGGACCUCCGAGCUAUCAGAAGCAGGGAAGCCAUUCAGUAGCCUAUCUCCCAUAUACCACAUCGAGCUUACCCAAAGGAUCUAUGAAGAAGAUAGAAAUUACAGUUGAACCCUCUCAAAGACCUGGGACAGCAAUUAAUAGAAGUCCUUCACCUAUUAGCAAUCAACCGUCUCCACGGAAUCAGCACUCAUUGUACACAGCCACCACGCCACCUUCAAGUUCUCCUUCAAGAGGGGUAUCCGGUCAACCAAAACCUCCAUUUAGUGUUAAUCCUGUGUACAUUACGUAUACACAGCCAACUGGACCGUCAUGUGUGCCAUCGCCAUCUCCUCGGGUGAUGCCAAACCCAACUACAGUUUUUAAAAUUACCGUAGGCCGAGCAACGACUGAAAAUCUUCUAAAUUUAGUGGACCAAGAGGAGCGCUCUGCAGCCCCAGAACCUAUUCAGCCCAUUUCAGUAAUACCAGGUUCUGGGGGAGAAAAGGGAAGCCAUAAAUACCAGAGGAGUUCUAGUUCUGGAUCAGACGACUAUGCCUAUACACAAGCCUUGCUGUUACAUCAGCGAGCAAGGAUGGAGAGGUUAGCAAAGCAAUUGAAACUUGAGAAAGAGGAACUGGAGCGAUUGAAGGCAGAAGUUAACGGUAUGGAGCAUGACCUGAUGCAGAGACGCCUCAGAAGGGUCAGCUGCACCACUGCGAUCCCAACGCCUGAGGAAAUGACAAGAUUGAGAAGCAUGAACAGACAACUCCAGAUUAAUGUUGACUGUACACUGAAAGAAGUUGACCUCCUUCAAUCUAGAGGAAACUUUGAUCCAAAAGCCAUGAAUAAUUUUUAUGACAACAUAGAACCUGGCCCAGUUGUACCACCCAAGCCAUCUAAAAAAGAUUCGUCAGAUCCCUGUACAAUUGAGAGGAAAGCCAGAAGAAUUAGCGUGACCUCAAAAGUACAGGCAGACGUCCAUGACACUCAGGCAGCAGCUGCAGAUGAGCAUCUAACUGGCUCCAAACAGAGUCCACGGACACAACCCCGAGACGAAGACUAUGAAGGGGCUCCAUGGAAUUGUGACAGCUGCACCUUUCUGAACCACCCAGCACUAAACCGCUGUGAGCAGUGUGAAAUGCCACGGUACACUUGAACUCAGAAGAGCCUGAACCAGGUUGAGAGUGAAAGUUUGAACACCCACUAGAAGAAAAGGAAACCUCGGGAACCUGUUCAUCUGCCCAGCCUUUUCAUUUCAGACACAUGGGGGGAGGCGAAGCGACACCGUAGCGCUUGUGCUCACUCACCGAAAAAUAGGGAGGUUUUUUUUCCCCUUUCUUUACUCAUGGCCGAGUGAGAGAGAGAAAGGGAUACUUGAAACUGGGAAAGGAUUCAUUCCUGAAAGAAUGUACACAGAGCAGUUAAGAGCUCUUCUGUGGGAUCCCAAUUGUUAAAGUUACUGCUGAGUGGCCCUUAUUUUGUAAACUAGAAUUUUCACUCAUGGUGUGACAUGUUACAGUUUAGGCAGACAAACUGUGAAUUUCCAGAGCAGACUUACUUGGUCACAGCUUUCUGGAAAACCAAGGCUCCCCCGUGCUUCCUCCUGUUGUUUCCUAUUGAAGAGAAGGACAGGAAAAAGCACCAGCAUAUGAUUUUCUUUCAGCAGAAUAAUAAGGGUAUCUGUAAUUGCUGCUUCUUUCAGGGGUAAUUUCAAACACAUAAACAAGAUCUUUUAAAAUGUGAUUUGUAGCAGUCAGGAAUUAGGCAUUAUCAUGCCCUUUCUUUGAAAGUACAAUCAAAGGUGUUAAGAUUCCUUUUGCUUGUACAAUGUUUCAUCAAGCUGUAUCAACACUGGUAACUAAGACCUAAUUAUGCCACAUAAUAGUUUGUUUUUUUUUUUAAGUUACUGCAUGCAUCUGUUAGGCCAUUGUUUUUAAAAAUAAACAAGUCCUGACAAAGUAUGAUUUUAUAAAUGACCUUCUCAUAAAACUGUGCUUUUGCCCAUAGCACAAUGAAUGUAUGCCAAGUUGAAGUCCAGUCCAAAAAUUCACUUUGAAAGUCUUGAGCUCAGCUGUAGUUCUAUAGGAAACGUUUGCAGUCAAUUGGGUCUUCCCCCGCCCCUUCCAAUUGUGUGACAAAUUAAUGAUGUUUACAGCACAGAUAAUACUUUGUGCCACAACCCUAAUUCAGCUAAAAAAAAAAAUCAAUAUUAGCUGUUCAAUGUACAUUUAUUUGCACAUGUUAA